CCAAACAAUCUCUUUCUUAAAACACCCAAAAGAAUGGCACCUUCUUGCAGCCCAGUCAACUCACUCCACGUGGCAGUGAUCGGAGCAGGAGCCGCCGGACUCGUAGCUGCACGUGAGCUACGCCGCGAAUCCCACUCCGUCGUCGUUUUCGAUCGCGGCACAGAAGUCGGAGGUCUCUGGGUGUACACACCUCAAAGCGAACCGGACCCUCUUAGUCUCGAUCCCAACCGAACCGUAGUUCACUCUAGCGUCUACGACUCGCUUCGGACCAAUCUCCCGAGAGAGUGUAUGGGUUACAGCGACUUCCCUUUCGUGUCCCGACCAGAACAUGAUGAGUCUAGAGACCCGAGAAGGUAUCCUAAUCACAGGGAAGUCUUGGCGUAUCUUCAAGACUUUGCGAGAGAGUUUAAACUCGUGGAGAUGGUAAGGUUCGAGACAGAAGUGGUUCUUGUCGAGCAGGAUGGUCGGAAAUGGAAGAUCCGAUCAAAAAGCUCUGAUGGGGUGACCAGAGAUGAGAUCUUUGACUCUGUUGUUGUGUGUAAUGGACACUAUACAGAGCCUCGUGUUGCUGAAGUUCCUGGUAUAGAUCUAUGGCCAGGGAAGCAACUUCAUAGUCACAACUACAGAGUUCCUGAUCCAUUUAAAGACCAGGUGGUGGUAGUGAUAGGUAACUUUGCGAGUGGAUCAGAUAUAAGCAGGGACAUAACAGGAGUGGCGAAAGAAGUCCAUAUCGCGGCUAGGUCGCAACCGUCUGAGACUUAUGAGAAGCUUCCCGGGGCCGAUAAUCUAUGGCUUCACCCUAUGAUAGAAAGGGCACACAAAGAUGGUUCGAUUGUUUUCAAGAAUGGUAAAGUUAUACAAGCUGAUACUAUUGUGCAUUGCACCGGUUACAUAUAUCACUUCCCAUUCCUUAAUACCAAUGGAUAUAUCACCGUGGAGGAUAACUGUGUUGGACCUCUUUACAAACAUGUGUUUCCUCCUGCUCUUGCUCCAGGGCUUUCCUUCGUCGGUUUACCAUGGAUGACAUUGUUAUUCACUAUGUUUGAGCUUCAAAGCAAGUGGGUGGCUGCAGUUUUAUCCGGUCGUGUCACACUUCCUUCAGAAGAAAAAAUGAUGGAGGACACUAACGCUCUCUAUGCAAAGCGUGACGCUAACGGGUUUCCCAAGAGAUACACGCAUAGGCUUGGUGCCUCUCAGGCUGAGUACCUCAACUGGAUAGCUGAUCAGAUUGGUGAACCACCUGUUGAACAAUGGAGAAACCAGGAACUAGAAGGUGGCUAUGUAAGACUUGCCACACAACCAGACACGUUCCGUGAUAAGUGGGAUGAUGAUCAUCUCAUCGUUGAGGCUUAUGAGGAUUUCUUGAGACAGAAGUUGAUCAGUGUUAUUCCCUCUCAGAUAUUGGGGUGACCCCUUUGCCAAAAUGAUUGAUCUAUCUAUGUGUUGUUCAUGUGAUGUUGAACUUCACCAUUUUCACCGUCUUUAUACUUACUAUUUUGGAGUAAAACAAAUGUUUGUAUACAGAUUGAAUAAAAGCACUAAGCAUUGUACAUUUUUCUUU